GUCAGAUCAGGAAGUAGGAUGCCGUGAUAGUAGAGAAGGAAGCGGGCACACAAUGGCACUAUGUCCGCCUUCAGGCCUGGUAACAUGAGAGGCCCCAGGGAAAUGACCCCUCUGCUGCUGCUGCUGCUGCUGACCAGCCUGGCUGGGACAGUGUUGUGUGAUGAAGUGGAAGAGGAUGUGGCUGAGGAGGCUCCGCCAGAGGAAGCUGGAUCAGAGGAUGCUCCACCAGAGGAGCCCCCACCAGAGGAGGCUCCACCAGAGGAGGCCCCGUCAGAAGAGGCCCCUCCAGAGGAAGCUGGAACAGAGGACCUGGAAACAACAACCCCUCAUGAUACAGGGACCACAGAGCCUCCACCUGUUUCCGAUGACACUUCAUCAUCAUUGGAAGAGAGCCCUUCAACUACAGUUGAAGAGUACAUAGAGGGAGGACAUGGCUCUGGAGAUGAUAAAAUAGAGUUCAACAAGAACUACGAAGUUGGGGCUGCUCCAGGGGACAUGGACUCUGUUAGUGACCCAACCUCUUUACCAGGAGCCGGUGAGAUAGAUCCCACCAUGAUCCUGAUCCCUGUGGGGUUGGUGGUCGUGAUAAUCGCCAUGAUCGUGUGCGGUAUCAUGGUGAACCGCAGAUGGAACCAAAAAAUGAGAGCUACCGAUCAAAGAAAGGAUUCAUAUUUGGAUGGAUGCAGCACAGACAAAGUACCAAUGCCCAUGUUUGAGGAGGACGUGCCCUCAGUGUUGGAGCUAGAGAUGGAGGAACUGGACCAGUGGAUGAGCAAAGACGGUGAGGCUGCCAAGGACUCAGAACAUGCAUAAUUAUAUUUAUGGUAACAAAGGAAAAACUCCCCCUGCAUGCAAGGACAAAUGGUCACCAAGCAGCACUGUAACGCAUGGUGGCCAACUCUGACUAUUUUCCAGCAUUUUCACAGCAUUAAGGCAACAUUAUUGACUACAGGCACUACUUUGUUUGGCAGCAAACAACAUCACAACAAGAGACACUCAAAAGGAAAUACAGACUCCUAUCCUUUGCAAACCACAGCAGGAACAGUAAUUGUCACAGAUAAACUUUUUUCAAUGCAACUCCAUAAAACUCUCGCCGGUUAAUUCCUCCCUGAAGACUUUUAUGUAAAGCAGUAUGUGACAACCGGACUUAAACUGGUUCACUGCUGGUUCUGUUGUUUAACUUUAACGAUAAUGAAUGGCUAUUGCAUUGCCAUCUACUCAGUAUUGUGCUUUUCAUUUAUUGUUUUGUUCAUGCUUUGGCUGUUUUUAUUGCCUUUUGUUUUCAAUGUUUCAAAUGGUAAUUAGCUACGCUGAGUGAAUGCAUUUUCUAUGUCUCUGGGAAUCUGUGUGAGAAAAAAGGAUGUGCAUACUGUAACUCUAAGACAAAGAAAAA